GCCAGAGCCAAACUUACAGCCUGCUCAUCUCUCCAGCAUGUGGAAAGUGGCACUUCUGGUUCUGUGUACUAUGCUUACUCUGAGGGGGUUGGCAAAGGGGGCUCCGCUAAGGCCAGAAGAAAAAUGGAAACCUCUGGACAAUCCCAGAAACCGAGAUCUGUUUUUCAGAACGCUCCAGGCUUAUUUUUCGGGAAGAGGUCUUGAUCUGAGAAAGUUCCUAGAUACUUUCUCCAUGAAUAAUGACAGACCCCAGCCUGUAGCUGUCUACUCGGAUCCUACUGCUUCUGCAUUUGCAGAUUAUGAAGAAAAGAAAAAACUAUUUCAGAAUUACUUCAAAGACUGA